CAUCCAUCUUGGGUAGGCUUGUGAGCCGUAGCAAAUUAGUUCAACACCAACCAGCUAGCCAUGGGUAUGUGUUCCAACAAGAAGCGCAGCAGCCCUGGCGUUGCUGUGUGGUGUGUAGUCCUGGGCAUAGCCCUGCUCGUCGUCGACGCGGCGGGCAGUGAAGGUCGUGCGAGAGCCGGGAACUUGGCUGAAGAGCAUGGGGAUGCAGCCUACUGCUCCGCCUUGUGCAAAGGCCAGUCGCAGUCGGACUUCGGAGCGUGCUACAAUGAGUGCUUGUACGGGAGGGUGACAGGACAAGAAGAAGCAAGAGGAGGUGGUGAAGUUGGAGGGCCAGCUGGUCUCCUGGAGAUGCCGACGAAACGCGUUGGACGGGAGGAAGAAGAGAAGACAAAGCAAGGGGACGCCACCGUCCGUUUGAGCGACCCAGUCUGGUGCUACGACGCUUGCCGUGAACAUCCAGAAUUGAACUACAACCAAUGCGUCAAUGAUUGCUACGCUGAGAAUAUGCCGGACGCCGCAUGGCUGGCGGCCCUUGGAGGAACCGGAGGAGAAGAAGCAAGAGGAGGAGUGGUUGAUGUCCCAAUGGUGGUGGUGCAGCAUGAGGCUGCUGCAGGUGCACUGUCACGGGGCAACUGCGAUGAGUAUUGCCGCAAACACUAUGAUGAAGGCUCCCCCGGGUAUAGGCACUGCCAGUAUAUGUGCCCACAUCUGAGGGUCCACGGGGUAGCAGAAGGAGAAGAAGCAAGAGGAGGAGCUGUUGAUGGGCCGACGGUGGUGGGGAAACCCCACUGCGACUGGUUCCGCGACUGUAGUGUAACGCCAUGCGUCUGGCGAUGUGGGAAGAGGGUGCAAGAGAAGGACAAUGAAGGAACAAGAACAGGAGCGCUCAAUGUCCUGGCGGCUGCGCGGCAUGAGGUUGCUGUCGGAGCAUGUUCGUCGACUGUGUACGUGCAAUCAUGCUAUGCCUGUUGCCAAAGGGAGGUUACUAGAGAUCCGGAUUUCGACUGGUAUGCUUGCAUUCGCAGUUGCGAUGACAAAGAUGCUCUCCCAAUCAAGAAGGAGCGAGAGAACAAGAAGUACGGCGUAGUCCCGCCGGCGAAGUAGUCGUUCGUAGUGAGCUUAUACUAGCGCGUUUCCUUUCCAAACAAAUAAUGUGCCGUGCAGUGAAUCCGUCACAGUCCAUCUGUUUGCUUUAGUUCUGUUACCUACACCUUUAUUUACAAUGGAGUUGCAGAAUGCUAUA